GGCAAAAGGCUACUUCAAGCCACCAAGGAAGGAUGUGGGCUUAUACUGCUGGUUUUACUGUCCUGCCUCACGUUGGAGGUUUCCUUGGCUGGUUCAUUAAUCGAAAAGAAAUACCUGUUUGGUACGAGAAGCUGAAAAAACCUUCAUGGUGUCCAUCGCGCAAAAUAUUCCCUGUCGCUUGGACUGUCCUGUACACCAGCAUGGGCUAUGCCUCCUACCUGAUAUGGAACGACCUGGGUGGGUGCAGCAGCAGAGCUAUCGUCCCGCUUGGCCUCUACGGGGCUCAGCUGGCCUUGAACUGGGCUUGGCCCCCCUUCUUCUUCGGGGCACGUAACCUGAAGAUGGCACUGAUCGACAUCCUGUGCUUGGACGCGCUGGCGAUGGGCACGGUGUGCUCCUGGUACCGCAUCAACAAGCUGGCAGCACUGUUGAUGGUGCCCUACCUGGGCUGGCUGGCCAUGGCGACCUGCCUCACCAUCCGCAUCUGGAAGGACAACCCCGAGCAAAAACCGGGAAAGAUAAAAGCAGGACAGAAAUGAAGGCAUUUUGUGAAGUUAAACUAUGCUGAUGUGAACCAAGAUGUAAUAAUUUGGGGGAUUCACCCUGGGACAGGCGUGAGAACAUGCCUCCUCC